CCCGCACCGAUGUGACCGUUGUCAAUACACUCGGAGCAAUGGUCUCGUCCACAACCAUCUUACAGGUACUGUUUUUGGCGUACGUCGCGGCGUCCGGCGAAUCGCCGAGCGCAAAGGCCGCCAACAAGCAAUCCGAACCAGUGCCGGUGGUGGAUGCCGAUGACUCGGGUAAGCGCGUGACCGCGGCCACGACUCCGGCCACACAGCCCAAAGACGUGUCCAUCCUCAAGCAGAUCAACAAGGUGAACGAUGACGGUUCUUACACGUUCGGGUACGAAGCGUCGGAUGGCAGCUUCAAAGUGGAAACGCGCGACGUGGCGGGCAACGUGAAAGGCAUGUUCGGGUUCGUGGACGACGCGGGACGGCUGAAGCGAGUGUCGUACUCGGCCAGCAACUCGUCCGGUUUCCAGGCGGCCGGCAGCGAGUCUCCGAGGCCGUCGCCGGACCCCACCGAGCAGACGACUGCCGAUCGGGGGAAUAAAAAGGACGACGGUGGUGACAAGUCGGACAACAAGUUGGACAACGGCAAGUCGGUCGGCGUGAAAAAGGUGCUGGUGUCCAAGAGACCGGUCACGAUAGCCGUGACGCCCGAUUUGAUGGAGGAAACGGACUCAGACGAUCGACGACGAUGGCGCGGUGGCAACGACCUGCGCAGACAGCUGCCCAGGAACGAAGACGGAGACGCGCCCGACGUGUACGGCGUGCACGGCCGGUCCAGCCUCCAGGAGUCGGGACCCGUGUCGCCCGUCGUGUCAGCGCUCAUGUCCGAGCUGAUGCCGGUCAGGUCGUCGUACGACCGUCCGGCGACGCCACCGUCGGUCGAACACCGCGAUAACGCUGUCAGCAGCAGACGAGCGGCGCAGGAGCUGCAGGACGAAGGAGACGACGUCGGCCAGCAGUACGGUGGCCCGGUUCAGUACCACGAAGGGCGGCUCCCCGUCGCGGUAUACCAGCCGCGGGCAUCGUACCCGGCGACUGCGGCCGCACAAACCACAUACCACAACAGUGGUAUGUUGCCGUACCAACAACAGCGACCGGUCGCGUACAUCGCACCGCCACCGCCGCAGCGCGGUCCCAGUCUGGUGGCUCUUCGGGACGAACUCAUGGAGCUCAUACUGUCGUUCGUACAGGCGCGCGUCUCGCAACUCGUGUCCGUCGCCCCUUACCCAGCGCCCGUCCCGUACCCGAUGCCCUAUCAGCAGCCCAACUACUACGUGCCCAGUUACUAUCAAGGGCCCCGGAUUCCGGGUCCGACGACCGCCGCGGUGCGGGGACAGGAAUCGUCGUCGCCGAUAGUCACUCAAACGCUCAAGGACGGACUGAUCCGGAUGCUGUUGUCCACCAGCCCGCGUUAUGACCCGGAAAGCAGGAUAGGCGAACGUUCGACGACCAGGCUGGCGUACCGUAGUACGACAACGCAGCAGACGCCGGUCAGGAGCGUGCAGAUCGUCAGUGGCGGCGACGACGACGACGACGGGCGCGUGACAGACAGCAGACCUGUAACGACCGAAACUCCGGACUAGCGCUGCCGCUGUUACUUUAUAUUGUUAUUUAAGUUGAAAGUCCAAGUGAAAAGAGUACCGUUAAUUAUUUUAUUAUUGUUGUUAUCAUUAUCAUCAUCAUAAUUAUUAUUAUUAUUAUUAUUAUUGCUAAUAUUAUUGUUUUUAUUAAUUGCAUUAUUAUUUCUAUGAAUUUUUAUUUAAAUGAUUUUUUUUUUUAAUAAAAUCGCUUUGGAAAUUGCUUAUAGUCCACCAAUCGCUUAAAGUACAGAGUUGUUCUAUCAUGAUAUUGAAAUAACUAUUAUUUUAAUAAUCAUGCAAAAUUGUACUUAGCCAGCUACUACUGUUGCCGAUG